GUCGUGGUCGGUGCCCCCUUGGACCAUGGUGUCAAUGAGGAUCUGACACGGGAGGAACGUUGGAACAUCAUCUGGGCUGCUGUGAAUGCUUACUACACCUUGGAUGCUGGCAUCGCACUGUUUAUAGCCACAGGUGCUUUCAUUGCAUCCCUCGUGGUAAGACAUUUGGUCGAUUCCACCUGUGAGAGCAGUGCCUGGGUUGUCUCCUUGGUUGUUUUGAUCUUGCGACUGCUGGACUUCAGCUGCGGAUGUAUCUCCAUGCUUCGAAAUCCAGUACCAAGUCGAGCGGGUUUUCUCUGCGACAUCCUGAAGAACAUGGUCAUUACCUGCUUCCAGGGCAUGUGUGCAUUGGUGCAGCUGAUCCUGGGCUUUGUCCUGAUUGGUCAGGAGGAUUGCUUGCUGAACGGUAUCAUCGCGCUGGUCUCCGGAUUUGUCCUGGGGGUUCAGGCCAUCGAGGAGACCUUUGUGUGGAUGACGGUGUGGUUUUUGUGGUGCAUCGCAGGCACUUCGCCGGUGCCUGGCUGGACAGACAAGUGGGUGCCUGAACGAGUCAAAGUGGAGGCGCGAAAACACAGGCAGAAGCAAGCAGUGGCAGGGGCGGCCUAAAGCACAAGCAGCAGUGCUGAGUGCAUUGCGCAUAGUGACGGGCCGUGACGGCCAAGUCCGGUGAUUUGCCUAUAUCAUGUGUGCAUAUGGGUUUGUCUGAAAAUAGUGUACCCC